GUUUUCUAUUCAUUCAUCUCGUGGCCUAUCGGGCUUUUCGUUGUCUCAUUCUCUUCUUACCGGGCCGGGAUCCCGUAUUUUUAUUCAGUUUUAAUAUACGUUUCGCUUGCUAGUCGGGCAGCAGGACUGUAUACGAUAUUUCAUUAAAAAGAAAAAAAAGGGCCAGGAUUCAACGAAGAUGAAGGACCAUCGGAAACCCAAGGACUUGUAUCGCAAGAUUAGCAGGACUCGCGAUGAGGAUCGCGACGACUCCAGUAGCACCGACGUUGAUCUGGAGGCGCUUGACUUGAACGAGAAAGACUACAUGCACGAAUCAGCAACAUCAUGGACAGGAUCGAGCGAGAAGAGCACGUUUCUCGCUAUCCUUAAGGAGCACAGAUGGUUAAUCGACACAUUCCUAUUAGUAGUCAUUGUGCUGUUGCUUCUAGGAGGUGACUUUCGACGGCACGGGAGAGAACAUUUCUUCGAAGGAGGUGGCGACUUAACGGGAUUCGCGCCGGAGUUUGGGCAGAAGAUCACAAAGUUCUCUCCGGACCCGUCCUUCGUGCCGGAAAAUACCUCCGAAUUCUUCUCGGAAGAGACUCGGAAGAAGUGGUUAAGUCUAGUACCGAAGGGCCUCGGAUACCUUGAAAUCAAGAACCCGCAAGAAUUUGACAAUUUACCGGCGCAGUUAAACUCGUACCCGGAUCAGUUCGUCGUCACAUCAUCCAUGACGCACCAACUUCACUGUCUGUAUGCUAUUGCUGAGGCCUAUUCAGCACUUACGUCCGACACGAGCCGAGUGCCUCAGGAGACGCCGUGGCACUUAACUCAUUGCUUUGACUACCUGCGGCAGAGCAUCAUGUGCUGCGGAGACGUCGCGUUGGAAGGCGAGCAAACCACUUUUCCUGAGGGCUUCGACGGCAGCGACGGAUGGGAUGCAAAGCACGUGUGUAAGAAUUAUGGCGAGGUAUAUGAUUAUCUCGAGAAGAAUCGAGCCGACGACAAAGUUUGGAUAUAAAUUCAAUACGAGCGAAAUGAAGGAAACUCGAC